AUGAUGAAGGACCUCGUUCCUAUGGUCGGACCCAGAGCGCGACUUAAAGCUGUGCUAAAGGAACUACACGAUUCUGCAUCUGACAGUGACAAAAAAGACCUGCUGGGAGAGCUGGAGAUCCUGGUGACUGUGGGUCGUCAUGACAACAUCAUCUCCUUGGUUGGAGCGUGCACCAAAGACGACCCACUGAGCAUUGUAGUUGAGUACGCCCCUAACGGCUGUCUGAGGGACUGGCUGAAGACCAACUCAGCUGAAGCCAUGAGCACUAACUCAGAGUACGAGAAUCAGCCUGCUCCAAUUUCUGAUCUUUCUAUGGACCUGCUCAUCCAGUUUGGCAUCGAUGUAGCCAAUGGGAUGAGCCACCUAGCGGCUAUGCAGAAUCAUUGA